AUGUGUCACUGGAGCUACUCCCACCACCACCACCUUCCUCCCUGCACCCAGCCGAUCGAGAUGGUGGUCAACUACAACUACUGCCAGGAUGCAGUCGCCGACCCGGUCACGGGCGAGGUUAUGCCGUGCAAGUACACCUAUUUUGGUGACGACGCGGCCAUGAUCAAUCAGGUGGACUACGACGACCCAUGCGCGACAGGAGGUUGCCUCAUCUCGCCCGCCUGCGAGUCCGGCGUCUGCCGGCUGGCCCAGCUGGGCGGCCGCUGGGCCUGCUGCCGGUGCGGCGGCCGCGGCAACGAGUACCGCUGGUGCCAGCACCGCCUGCGCGCCAGCCCGGACACCUUCUGCUACCACGUCUGCUGCGACGCCUGCCGCCCCGACCCCCGGGGCUCCGACCGUGACUCUGACCCCACUGCCACCCCCGGCCUCCGCUCUCCUGCUCCUCCUCCUCCUACGACGACGACGACGACGACGACGCCUGCCACUACCACUACCGCCUACGCCGCCGCCGGCUGCUUAUCCUCUCCCGGAUUCUCUUCCUCUUCUUCUUCGUCUUCAGCGUCUUCUAAAAAACCGAAGCGUAGGUGA